UUACGUCACAAAUAUUAGAAGCAGUAGGCCGUCGUGUGGAUGGUUAACGUCAGAUAAGAAACUAUCGAAAAAAAUUCAAGUGUCGUUUAUCAAAGUUUAAAUAAUCAUAUCGCGAUGUUUUCCAUCUGUAGACAUACAUUAUCAACAAAUUUACAGAGGGUUGGGGAGCGGGCAGCCUCAGUCACAUCUGUGGUACCUGAAAUUUGUUUAAACGACUUUGGUGUAAAAAAUGAACCAGUAUUAGGUUAUUUGAAAAAUUCUAGAGAACGAUGCAAAUUAGAAACUGCACUCGAAUCGACUGCGGCUAAAAUUCAAGAUGUACCCAUUGUUAUUGGUGAAGAAGAAAUACGCACAAGCGAUGUCAGAUUCCAAGUCAUGCCCCACAACCAUAAACACAAAUUGGCUCAGUUUUACUAUGCUGACAAAAAAAUUGUUCAGAAAGCUAUUGAUAAGGCUGUUGAAACGCAGAAAAAAUGGGAUCGUACCCCUUUAAGUGAAAGAUUAUGUAUUUGGGAGAAGGCUGCAGAUUUAAUGGCCGGUGUUUAUAGACAAGAAUUAAAUGCUGCAACCAUGUUAGGACAAUCAAAAACAGUCAUUCAAGCUGAAAUUGAUUCUGCAGCUGAAUUGAUUGAUUUCAUUAGAAUGAAUGCCUUCUUCCUGAAGGAAUUAACUAAAUACCAACCAAUUAGCGAAGAUUUGAGUGUUACAAGGAAUUCUAUGCGUUUCCGAGGUAUUGAUGGAUUUAUUGCUGCUGUUAGUCCUUUCAACUUUACCGCUAUUGGUGGUAAUUUGGCCUAUACACCAGCUUUAAUGGGCAAUGGUGUAUUAUGGAAACCAUCAGAUACAGCUUUACUGUCAAAUUGGAUCAUAUUCAAGAUCAUGCGUGAGGCUGGUCUUCCACCAGGUGUUGUCAACUUUAUCCCUUGUGAUGGUCCUGUAUUUGGUGACACUGUCACUGCCUCUCCUCAUUUAGCUGGCAUUAACUUCACAGGAUCAGUACCUACUUUCAAUCGUUUGUGGACUCAAGUGGGUCAAAACAUUAACUCAUACAUCAACUUCCCACGUUUGAUUGGAGAGUGUGGUGGUAAGAAUUACCACUUUGUUCACCCAUCAGCCGAUGUAGCAUCUGUAGUGGCUGGAACCAUUAGAUCAGCAUUUGAGUUCUGCGGACAGAAGUGCUCAGCAUGCUCUCGUGCCUACAUACCUGAAUCUCUGUGGCCAAAGAUCAAACAAGGUCUUCUCUGCACCAGAGACACAUUGAAAGUAGGUGAUCCCAAAGAAUAUGAUACAUUUAUGGCAGCCGUUAUUGAUGAGAAGGCUUACUGCAGGAUAAAGGGUUACAUAGACCAUGCUUGCAAAUCAGAACAUGUAGAAGUACUGGCUGGUGGUAGAUGUGAUGAUAGCACCGGCUAUUUCAUUGAGCCUACCAUUGUGCAAACCAAGGAUCCCUACGAUAAGCUGAUGACUGAAGAAAUAUUUGGCCCUGUGUUGUGCAUUUAUGUAUACCCCGACAAAGAUGUGGAAAAAACCUUGCAGUUAGUAGGAACUUCCACCAAAUUUGCUCUGACUGGAGCUGUAUUUGCUAAGGAUGAGGCUUUCUUGAAACAUGCUUUAGAAGAAUUGAAAAUGACAGCUGGCAACUUUUAUCUUAACGAUAAAUCUACUGGAUCUGUUGUUGGACAACAGCCAUUUGGUGGUGGUAGAAUGUCAGGUACUAAUGACAAGGCUGGUGGUCCCCAUUAUGUCUUGCGCUGGACUACUCCUCAAUCUAUCAAGGAGACAUUUGUUCCAAUCACAUGUGUCGACUAUCCAUACAUGAGAGAAUAAGCUGCCAAAUCCCCCCCAAAGCACCCACACCA